GUGACCAGGCAACGUGGAGCAAACCUAGCUGCGGCAUGGGCCCCGCGCGGCACUGGGGCGCCGGGUGACCCGCGGGCCCGGCAACAGCUCGCUCCAAGGAUGGCGAGGAGGCGCGCGCUAAGGAGCUGCCUGCAACUGUUAGCGCCCUCGGAGGAGCUGGCGCGACGGAGCCGGGGGCGGAGGAACCCAAGCAUCUGCCGCUAUUGCCACUCCCGCUGCGUGGGGGCGCUGCGGCUCAGAGAGAAGGAACAGCAAAGGCAGCGGAGCCAGAGCCGGCGACCAGCGGUCCCCAGCGUCAGUUCGCCAAUGGACAUGGACGAAAAUGAAAGCAACGAGUCCCUGAUGGCAGCAAGCAGCCAAUAUCCUAAAGAGGCAGUAAGAAAACGCCAAAAUUCAGUGCGGAAUUCUGGAGGAAGUGAUUCUUCUCGGCUUUCCAAGAAAAGUUUCAAACUGGAUUACAGGCUAGAGGAAGAUGUAACUAAAUCAAAGAAAGGAAAGGACAGGAGAUUUGUUAACCCCUGGCCAACAUGGAAAAAUCCCUCUAUCUUAAAUGUUCUCAGGUGGCUGAUAAUGGAAAAAGAUCACAGCAGCAUUCCAUGUUCCAAAGAGGAACUUGAUAAAGAACUCCCAGUGCUUAAGCCAUAUUUUAUUGAUGACCCUGAAGCAGCCGGAGUGAAUGAAGGUGGCUUAAGAGUCACAUGGCUGGGACAUGCGACAGUAAUGGUAGAAAUGGAUGAGCUCAUAUUUCUCACGGACCCCAUCUUUAGCUCUCGUGCUUCACCGUUGCAAUUCCUGGGUCCAAAGCGUUUUCGGCAUCCCCCAUGCACUGUAAGUGAACUCCCUCCAAUAGAUGCGGUCCUUAUCAGUCACAACCACUAUGACCACCUGGACUACAAUUCUGUCAUUGCUUUGAAUGAGCGAUUUGGUAAUGAGUUGAGGUGGUUUGUGCCAUUGGGUCUCCUCGACUGGAUGCAAAAAUACGGCUGUGAGAAUGUGAUCGAGCUGGACUGGUGGAAGGAAAAUUGUGUCCCUGGACAUGAUAAGGUCACCUUUGUCUUUACACCUUCCCAGCACUGGUGUAAAAGGACCCUAAUGGAUGACAACAAGGUUCUGUGGGGCAGCUGGUCUGUGUUGGGCCCUUCGUGUCGAUUUUUUUUUGCAGGAGACACUGGAUAUUGCCCUGCAUUUGAAGAGAUAGGAAAACGAUUUGGUCCUUUUGACCUUGCAGCUAUUCCCAUUGGAGCAUAUGAACCAAGGUGGUUUAUGAAAUACCAGCAUGUAGACCCAGAAGAAGCUGUAAGGAUUCAUGAAGAUGUACGAACAAAGAAAUCUGUGGCCAUUCACUGGGGAACUUUUGCCUUAGCAAAUGAGCAUUACUUAGAGCCUCCAGUGAAACUGAAUGAGGCUCUAGAAAGACACAGACUUACAACAGAAGAUUUUUUUGUCUUGAAGCAUGGAGAAUCAAGAUACCUAAAUAGUGAUGAUGAAAACUUAAACUAAAUAGAGCACAGGAACUUGUAAUGAAAUACAUUUGAUAUAAAUUUGAAAAGACUAAGAAAUUCAUGAUUAUGAUUUUUUACAUUUGGAAACUUCUGCCAGUUUCUGUUUUGUUUUGUGUAAUAUCUUUACUGCUAGAAUUGCAAGUUCAUAUAAAGAAAGAGUUCAGUUAUGGGUCAUUUAAAUAAUGAGCUAAUAUUGAUUUUAAAUCUUGUCUCAAUGGUAUAAGCAAUAAAUGGGUUUUUUUUUUUUAAACUGAAGCAUUGUACUUUAGUGGCAGAAUUUUCUGAGGUUAUGAAAAACUAAUUUUAAAUACUCAGUUCAGUUCUAUUAUUAAGAGCCUUCUACAAGGUUAUUCAAGCCUGUCUACAUACCUAGAUUUUUUUCAGAGGACUGCUCACAUAACCAUAUUUCUUACAUUCACAUUAGAGUAAUGAUAAAAUUUAUUCCCACAUGCUUAUGGUACUUCUUGCUCUUCUAAGAUUAGCUUACAUGCCAAAUAUUAAAUGCUAUAUUUUUUUUUAAGAAUAAAAACAUAGAGGAGGUUGGGCUAAGUUACCAUUGAUAAAGACUUAAUUUUUUAAUAGGGGAACAUGUAUUUUUAUUGCAUGUUUACAGUCCCCAAAUCAAAAGCCCUAUGAGUUGGACAGAAGAAGGGAAAGGGUGGUUAUGAGAACAUGAUUUAUGAAAUUUUCUAUUUUUAAUCUAAAUAUCAGACUGCUAAGCACAAAUAUAGCUGCAAGGAAAUAAUAUCUUACAAAGAUAAAUGUAGACCUUAAAUGUUAAUAUACCAUGCACUUUGAAUUAAAUUUUAUUCUCUCCAUACACUCAGUUUUUUCUGGUUUCUUACCUGUAAUUCUAAAUAUAUCAAUAAAACUUAUAUUUUAUGUUUUACAUGGUUAAGGUACAUUUUUAUAUUAAAUGACCCCCUAAGCACAAUUCUACUUUUACGAAGCCAUUAUGGACUUCUAAUGAGAGAGAGAGAGAGAGAGAGAGAGAGAGAGAGAGAGAAAGAAAACAAGUGCUUGCAUGUGUGUGAGCUGGGUGUCAGCUGACCUGAACUUCAGUCCUAUAAGGGCUCUGCAGUCAAUUACUCUGAACCAUCCUAAAAACAGCUCAUUAGAUACAUUUGGAUACACUCUAUCUGAUCCAUAGUCUCAGUGAAAUGAACUUUUUCAUAACAGUCAAAAUAGGUUUUUUACCCCAAAUGCUACCCAGGAAGUGCUGCAAGCACAUAUAUAUGCAUGAUACAUGUUAACCACUUAAUUCCACCAUGGAUUUUUCUGUGUACUUGACACAAGUCACCUAUGAUCACUGUGCCUGUUUCCUCAUGUGCAACAAGAAAAUUUUGACCUACCUCCAAAAAAAUGUGUAUAAUAAAAUGAUUUUUGUAAAUGCACUUUGAAAAUAUAAGGGAGAAAAUGAUUUAAGAUAUCACUACCUAGUAGAUAGGUAGAUUUGGAAACUGAAAAUAGGCCAAUUCUUUUGAUGAUGUACUGUUCCUGUUGCGAAUUUAAGCGUAUGUAUCUAAAACUGGGCACUAAAAACUGAGGACUAACAACUUUGUCUUGCUCAUUUUGUAAAAUUUGGAGAGCCAAAAAAUGUAAAUGAUCUUAAUCAAAGUUUAGCAUUUUUAUCUACCAAGAUGCAAAUCAGUCAAGGGGAAAUGUGAAUGCAGUGUUUGUGUAUAUAAUGUAUGUGAAUGUAUGUGAUUUGGAGUCACUAAAGCAUAGAAAGUCUCCUCAUAAAACAGACCUGCAGGAAAAAUCUGAACAAGCAUAUACUUUUCCACUUCAGAGUAUCAGGCAGAUGCGAAUCAGGAUGUUAGAUUUAUGAUGGAUUAACUUCGGGGCAUGUUGCCCUAAUACUAGGUAAAGUUCUUGUGGUCACCUUCCUUGCUGAAUUGAAAAUUCAUCUCUUACCUCUGUUCUCCAAGCAUACCAAGUACACCUUGUUUAUUUCUUCUCUGUGAAUGGCCCCAUUAUUUUUGUAUUCACAUAUACCAUCUGAUGGUCUGUAAGCACUUUAUGGUCUAGUUCCACUUAACUAGGCCUCAUUUUUCUAUGUCACCUCACAAGCUUUCAUUCUUUCUACUUUGAUGUUUUAUCACUAAGAAGUACAUAAAGCUUUGUCUCUCCUUAUAGAAUCUCACUGUAUGGAGUGAUUCUUCCCAUUUUAUUUUUCAUUUAUCUACAUUCUGAAGGGUUUAUGUGCAAAAUGAAAAUGGAAAAAUAAGACAAAUCCAUUCUUUUCUCUCCAUUCAGUCUUAUGUACUUCAUAAUACCUUUUAAUUAAUCUCUUAUCCUCUAAGUCAAUUUCAUUUUCUUCUUUUAUUAGCUGGCAUCAUAUCAAUAUGUGAGAUUUAAUAGAACUUUCCCUUUCUCCUUCGGAAACUGAGGAACACUGAUAUUCCUCAUUGCCCAAGAAGAUGGAACCACCAAAUAGGAGAAAUCCCACCUAGUAAAAGCCAAGAUGUGCCAUGACCUACAGGAAUAAAGACUGCUUGUUCAUUUUCAUUAUGCAAUUCUUUCUGCAUAGUUAAAAGUGGCUCCCCCCUUUUUCUCUAACAUUUUGACAUUUCAGGUUCAAUGCUCUAUCUCCAGGAUAUGUGGUUAUUUAUUCAAACUAGUAAUAGAGAAAAAAAGAGAUAAUUUUAGAAUCCAAUGCUGCUAAAGCACAGAAACCAAAGCUUGGUUUUUAAUGUGUGCAUUCUUAGUAUAUAUUUUCAUUAAAUAAGGAGGCAGAUUUAAAAUAAUAUUAUAAAGAAAUGUAUCUUUCAGGGAAUUAAUACUUGUGUUUGCAUCACUGAAAAUAAAAAUAUUAUUCUUAGUCAUUAUAUGUACAUUACUGCUGUAGCCAAUUAGGAAUUUACAUGUUUUCAUCUCAAUACUGAAUCCUUUUUCUACU